AUGUUGCCACAAGUUAUUCUGAGCCAUCUCGGUUCCAUUGGCGAAGUUGCUUCAACAUGGCUCUCUGAAAACGGAUAUCUCAGCACACAAUGCCCACCAUUGCCUAAAGGCAACAUCAACUAUGACAUAUAUAUGGGCUAUCCCGAGAUGUUCGCUUGGGACAAGAAGCGUUGCGUUGCCUACGUCAGCAACCUAUAUAACGCCACUGUCAGUACUUGGGAUCCUUACAAGGGCGUUGUUCUUGACACCAUUGAAUUCCCAGGUCUCAGUCACGCUGGUGAUUCAGCCAGCCCGAACCCGCUACAUGCUAGCGGAAUCAUCCUGAGACCUGAUGCGUAUAACCCUCAGACUCUCGAAGUCGUGAUUGACAACGGAGACGCUUUCUACACUGAUGGUUUCAACGUGUCGGGGCCCGACCACCUGAUGACUAUUGAUCUCAAAACGAAGGAGGUCACAAAUAAGUUGCGUCUCAACAACGGCCUUUAUGCCGGCUAUGCGGAUGCCAGUCUUGGACCUGAUGGCAACACGUAUGUUCUGGGAACCUACGCGUCAAACAUUCUACGAGUGACACCCCAGAAGGAGAUCUCGACAUUUUACGUUGCUGACAACCUUGAGCCACCUCGACUCUACGGCUUCACCGGCAUUGCUCACGUUGGAAACGCCAUGAUUGUUCCCGACAACAUCAUUGGGCAGCUCAUUCGCUUCGACGUCCGCGACAAGGUUGGAACUCCCGUUGUGAUCAAGCAGACUCCUUACCACGAGUUCAAGACUGCCAACGUUCUGCAUUUCCCAGAGCGAUACAACGACACUAUCCUUCUGGUUGCCGAGAACAUGACACCGGAUCAUCCCUUCGGUGGUGUGUCAGUUUACCAGGAUAAGACUCAGCAGUUCAACGAGGUUGAGUUCUUGGGAUUCUUGCCCAGCCGUCUCCAGAACGCCUUGACGACUUCUGCUCGACAAAUGACCGAUCGCAUUUACGUGGUUGCCCUCCCCACUGACGGUGCCAACAUCACUGUUGCCGGUAAGAGCAGCAGAUUCGAGUUCCAGGACAUCACAGAAGAGUUGGAUUUGAUGAUCCACCCCAAGUCCGAGGGCGAGGUCCGCGACGAGAUCUAG